AUGAAUGCCUCCAUGAAGGAACUGAGUGGUCCCAUGAAUGUCUGCAUGAAGCAACUGAGUGGUCCCAUGAAUGUCGCCAUGAAGGAACUGAGUGGUCCCACGAAUGCCUCCAUGAAGGAACUGAGUAUUCCCAUGAAUGCCAUCAUGAAGGGAUUGAGUGGUCACAUGAAUGCCUCCAUGAAGGAACUGAGUGGUCCCAUGAAUGCCUCCAUGAAGGAAAUGAGUGGUCCCACGAAUGCCUCCACGAAGGAACUGAGUGGUCCCAUGAAUGCCUCCAUGAAGGAAAUGAGUGGUCCCAUGAAUGCUUCCAUGAAGGAACUGAGUGGUCCCAUGAAUGUCUCCAUGAAGGAACUGAGUGGUCCCAUGAAUGCCUCCAUGAAGGAACUGAGUGGUCCCAUGAAUGCCUCCAUGAAGGAACUGAGUGGUCCCAUGAAUGCCUCCAUGAAGGAAAUGAGUGGUCCCAUGAAUGCCUCCAUGAAGGAACUGAGUGGUCCCAUGAAUGCCUCCAUGAAGGAACUGAGUGGUCCCAUGAAUGCCUCCAUGAAGGAACUGAGUGGUCCCAUGAAUGCCUCCAUGAAGGAACUGAGUGUUCCCAUGAAUGCCUCCAUGAAGGAACCGAGUGGUCCCAUGAAUGCCUCCAUGAAGGAACUGAGUGGUCCCAUGAAUGCCUCCAUGAAAGAACUGAGUGGUCCCAUGAAUGCCUCCAUGAAGGAACUGAGUGGUCCCAUGAAUGCCUCCAUGAAGGAACUGAGUGGUCCCAUGAAUGCCUCCAUGAAGGAACUGAGUGGUCCAAUGAAUGACUCCUUAAAGGAACUGAGUGGGCCCAUAAAUACCUCAAUGAAGGAAAUGAGUGGGCCCAUGAAUGCCUCCAUGAAGGAACUGGUGGAUGUACUCUUAUUUCCGUGGUUGAGGGUAUUUAGUUUGGGGUAUAGAAUACAGCUUAACAUGUUCCUUCUCUUCCAUUCAGACUUCCUCAGCAGUAUAUUUGUGCGGUUUCAUUUUACCACUGAUUUAUGGCAGUUACAUUUGAUUGCAUAUUUUACACUGUGA